AUGAAUCAUUCCCAGAGCGAUAAUGCAUUUGUUCCAAAGCCCGCCUUGAGCCCUACAGCCGAACUGUAUGAUGAAUUGACUGGUGACGGUAUGGAGAACUUGGCCAAGGCAACGAUAGCGCAGAUGCCACCUAUUCCGGACGGUGCUGUGGUUCACGAUAAUGGUUGUGGUACUGGGGCUGCCACGGCCGCGAUACUUGCAUCACUUUCUGGUUCAGCCGCCUCUCUCUCGAUCAAGGGCACCGAUGUCAAUGAGAAUGCCCUGGACGUCUACCGGAAGCGAGCCGAUGAGCGAGGAUGGCCUGCAGAAUCGAUCCAUAUGGAUUCCAGUCAACUGUCAUUCUGCGAUAACUUCUUCACCCACUCCAUUGGAAGCGCUCUUCUCUUCGUGCUCCCCGAAGAUGGCGUCACAGCUAUGAAGGAGGUGUAUAGGACUCUGAAGCCUGGUGGAACUGCCGCUGUCAACUGUUGGGCACACACGCCGAAUAUUCGCCCUAUUCAAGCCGCCGCAAAAGCGACGCGACCGGCCGGUACUCCUUUUCCGCGAGAAGGCGUCGACAAAUGGAGCGAUCCCGACUUUCUUCUCGGAACCGACGUCCAUGUUUCAACCGUGGAAAUCGUGCGCUUCGCGACGAUGGCUUGGAGCUUUAUUGGCGGUACUUCAGAAGUUGGGUGGCUUCAAACAGAUGAGGAGCGCUGGGACCAGGCCAUUGGUGUUGUCGUUGAGGAGUUGCGAAAGAGUAAGGGAUUCAUGGAACUAGACGGAGGCCGAUGCGAACUAGAGUUUAUCGCGAAUAUUGUUAUAGCAACCAAGUAA